CUGUAAGCAGUAUGGCGGAAGUGGAGGAGCAGCUACCUCUCUCUCCUCAGGAUGGUGGCCGAGGCGAGUGUGGAGAAGAGCCCUCAGAUGGAGGAGCUGCGGUGGGGGUUGCCGAGGCGGUUCCCCCUUCAGCCGGCUCCCCGGUGACCGAGGAACCUGCUGAGGACACCAAGAAGAAAAUUGACGUCCUGCUGAAGGCUGUGGGGGACACGCCGAUCAUGAAGACCAAGAAGUGGAGCGUGGAGCGGACCCGCACCAUCCAGGGGCUCGUUGACUUCAUCAAAAAGUUCCUCAAGCUGGUGGCCUCGGAGCAGCUGUUUAUAUAUGUGAAUCAGUCCUUCGCUCCUUCUCCAGACCAGGAAGUCGGGACACUCUAUGAGUGUUUUGGAAGUGAUGGCAAACUUGUACUGCAUUACUGCAAAUCUCAAGCUUGGGGAUGAAUGGUAAGCAGCCACUGAUGCCUAGGACUGGCCUUCAGAAGGGAAGAGGCCUUUGAAAUCUUCAGAAACAAUGCCCAUGGACAUGCUGAAGAGAACUGUACAUUACUGCCUAUGAAUUUAUUUUAUUCUGUGCAUUUAUCUACAAAAUGAUGCAGAUGACUUGCAUAAAAGAGCUACAUAGGCUACUCAGCCACGUAAUUCUUUCUUCCUUGUGUCAGUUGUAGUAUGGGGAAAAAAAUUGCAUGUGCCAUCUGUAGAAUAGAGCCAUCUUUCCUGCUGCAGAGCUCCCUGGUUGCCACAUAUGAAAGGACAUUAUUUCAUGGCUUGUGAACUGCAUAACUCUCCAUUGCUCUGAAUACUGUAUUGAGGAUAUAGCUUCCCAUUGUUAGGAGGGAUAUUUAUUGCACAUGUGAAGGUGGAUUCAAUUUACUUCUGACAUAAUGUUCAUCUCUAUUAUGUGCAGUUUAAUCUCUUACCUGUUGUGAAGUCUUUAUUUUGAAUGUGUAGUGUCUCGCUUACACUUCACUUCAGGCAAGUAUUUUAUAGCAUUUGUCUCAUAAAUAACAUAUAUAAACAUACUGUAUACUCUCACACCUUAAGUUAUGUGAGUAUCUGAUACAACUGCAUUUCUUGAACUUUUUUUUAAUAAUUUUUUUUUAAUUUUUUCCUUUAGCAGUAGCAGGACACAUGCUUCUUACCUUUUUCCUAAUUGUUUAAUAUUUUCACCAAAGCUGUAAUAUACGUGGGGAAAAUGUCUCUGGCAACUCUCACCUACCAGCAACAGCAGAAAGAGAGUGAUCCAGCUAUUGACUCUUUCAGUUCCAUGGAAAUAAAUGUUGGAUGUUAUGCCCCAGGUCCCCUGCUUCACCUGCUGUAUCGUCACUGUUCCAUCAAAAGAAAUGGAACACCAUUUUGGGACAUUUUGACAACUGUCACAAAGUAAUCACAGGAAAUCUUCUCCUGAAGAGGACUUGCUAUCACAGUAACGGGAAGAAGGAUACUGAGUCUCCGUCCCACCCAUGCACUGACAUCUACCCUGUGUGGGAAAGGAGACUUGCCAAACAGCUCUGUUUAGGGGAUGGGCAAAGGCUUAAUCGGGUUCCUCUACCAAAUCACUUCCCCUGUUAGUAACAUGAAGGAAUACUAAAGAAUUAUCUGCAGCCUGCUUAUCUAUUAAUAUGUAAUUGUAAAUUUGGCUGCUUGUUACCCAAGAGUGUGGCUACAUCCUCUGCAUGCAUAAUUUUUGUUCUAUUUAAGAUGUUUUAAUAAACUCGAUAUUUCUUUUUUCAUGUUGAAAGCUAUAUCAAAAUUUUUUGAUUUCAGCUAACCAAGUUGCAACCAACUCUAAUUUAUGCAAAUGUGUUGAGUAUUUAAGUGCCUGUCUGUAUUUAGACAAUCAAAAUUCUGAAGGAUUAUGAAUAGGUGUGUUCUAAAUCUGUUUCCAAAUGAAUUAUUUUAGUAAUAAUUACUAUAUUUUCAGAAAACUGAUACACACAAGUUUAUAAUUCCUUGUUUAUGAAAUGGUGUCUUCCAGUAAAUCUAAAAACUUUCUAAAAUAGUUAAACGAGUGUCCCUUUGAUUAAAAUUCAAAACCAGAAAAAUAGAUACCUGUUAUUCUUUCAGAGCCAAUAUUGGGUUGCUCUGAAGCAAUUGUAACCUUGAACAGCCACUAGAGGGUACUUGACGAUAAAAAGAUUUUCACAUUUUUCCAUAGCUUUUGGAAGUGAUUUUGUAUUCCCAUUUUGCCUGCUAAACACAUGUGAUUAGGUUGCACUCAAGCUUGUGGCUUCUACGUGGCAAUGUGUUUGUCUAAGAGAGAAACCACAACCCUGGGUCUGUCUAAUUAGUUUUAGACUGAGACUGUUCAUCUCAGUUGUCUUAAUUAAUCAAACUACUGGUGUGGUGCAUAUGGACAUUUGGAAUAAUGCGAGAAGCAGAAAAGGAAAUAAUAGAAAUGAGAGGUGGAAGAGACUUAAGUCAUCUUAUCCAUCCACCUACUACUGUGGGAUUGUUCGUCUUGCUGCAUUAUCAGUUUUAUCCUUUUGAGUUUGAAAUGAAGCCAGGGAUGGGGCUUCUCUUCCUUCCUCGGGGACUAUUUUACAGUGGUAAUAGACCUCAUCGUUAGGUGUCUGUUUCCUUGCAUUCAACGUAUGUAUUAAUUUGCUUAGUUUUGUUCUAUUUCAAACUUAGAAUCAUAGAAUUAAAAGUACCCCCUGCCAAGAUUCAAUAGGGAGUAGACCUCUUAUAUAGAUAAAAUGUGCUUUUCCUCAGGAUUUGGCAGGUUCAUUUGACCACACUAAAUCAUUCCUGUUUCUUUGCAUUUGCACUAUUUAUAGAUUUAAAGACAGUUGUUCUUUUCCUCCCCUACUUGUUAGCUGAAAAGUAUGUUUAGUUCUUUCAGUCUCUAACCUAGCGGGGUCUAGGGUACAGGCCAGGAGGCUUCUUGGUGAUCCUGUUUUCAGCUGCUUCUAGCAGUGAUCAAGUGGCCGGCUCUCCAUUGACCACAAUACAGCACUCUGAAGACCACCAGUGAUCCAUAUGCCACCAUUUAGGAUAGCAACUCCUCCUUUAAAGGAUGCCACCAUUCAGGAUAGCAACUCCUCCCUAAAAGGGGAAAUUCUUUAUCUGAGUCUGUCUGAAAUUAUGGAUUAUUGUAUAAACUUUCUAAAGGUGAGUCACAUAGCUUAUUAAGGUGAGUGAAUAAAUGGCUAGCAGGUAGAAGAAUUCGAGACAGAAGUGUGUGGUCUAUGGAAUCUGGCAAGGAAUGAAGCCCCACAGUAAAUAUAGCUUUGACUAAAUCAAUUUAAGUAUAAUGUGUAAUAUCUCAAUUUGCAGAUGAGCCUAAAAUGAAGGGUGUGGUUAAGAAACACAGGAGGUAACUGUUUGACAGGAUAAUUUUGAUAGAUCAGGCAUCUAGUCGAGGUGAAAUAAGUGUAAAAUAAUAUCUCAGCUAUGUAUAGUUUAAAUGACAGUUAAUUAAUGCAGUACAACUGAAGAAAUACAUAGCUAAAUUGGAGGGAGUACAGUCUAGGGUAACAAAUGGUAAAGGAAAUAAGAAUAGUUAUAAAGUUUCUUUAUCAUAAAACGUGAUGAGUGAGAGGUGACAAACUGGAAUACUUUUAAAUUAGAUAGGGUUUAUUAUAAAAUUAAAUCAUGAAGGUUGAUGACUGGGACCAUUGACACUAGGAUGGGGUGGCAGACUUAAACUGUGGGGGAAUUAAGGGAAGUCUUACACAUCAUGGCCCAUUCCUAAAGCUCUUAAUCACAAGGAGCUUGAUUAUGCACUUUUUCUUGCUAUGGGUAAUUUCCACCACUCAAGAGUGUUCACCAGUGUCGGUAAAUAAAACUUUAAAUCCAUUUGGAUUGUAGGAUGAGUGGGGGAAAAAAGAAACUGUAAUAGAAGUAGGGGAAAAUAUGCAUAUUUUCAUUUUUUAUUUAAAUACAUUUCAUAAACUAUAUUAGCUAGAACUGUAUCUGUGGUGACAGCCUCUCAAAAUCCAAGUUCAUUUAAUGCAUGGAAAAUACAAUAGUCAUGUGACUGCCUGAGCAAUUUAUGGGCAUCAUGGCAUUACUGUGCAGUUUCGUGUAUCUGGACCCAAGAAGUAUUAGGUUGUAUGCUGAAAUUACUUCUAGUCUCAAAUUUUGGCUAAAAAUAUCAGAAAAACUGGCAAAAUAAUUUGGAAACUGAUACGAAUAUUUAAUGUUAACCUACAUGUUUUUAAAUCUACAGAACUAAUAAACUUCAUUCAAGAGUUUAAAAAAAAAUUGGCUGAAGAACUGUCUGAGUAAUUAAUGUUAAUUCUUGAGGAAAUCUUGUAACAUUGGGGAAGUUCUAGAAACUGGAAAAAAGCUAAUGUGCCAAUGUCAUGCCAAAGUUUAAAAAGAAAAGGCUACAUAGUAACUAUGGGCCAAUUAUCUUGAUAUCAAUCCAAUGUAAAAACAUGGAAAGUCUGAUACGGGAUGCAAUCAGUAAAUAAAUAAAUAAAGAAUGGUAGCGUAAUUGA